AUGAAGUUCCUUCUCGCCGUGGCCGCUCUCGCGGCCAGUGCUUCAGGCCAUUCCAUCAUGCAGAAGCUCUCCGUCAAUGGCCAGGACCAAGGCCAGCUCAAGGGCGUUCGUGCUCCAUCCAGUGACUACCCUCUCUAUAGUCCGAAUGAUGGGUCGUUCGCCUGUAACACGGGUAUUCAAUACAAGGACAGCAAUGUGAUCAGCAUCCCGGCUGGGGCAAAGGUCGGAGCUUGGUGGGGUCAUGUCAUCGGGGGUGCCCAAGGUGCGAAUGACCCGGACAACCCGAUUGCAGCCAGCCACAAGGGUCCAAUAUCCUACUACCUCGCCAAGGUCGACAACGCGGCGACCACGGGUACCAGCGGGCUCAAGUGGUUCAAGGUCGCACACGAGGGCCUUUCCGGCGGAAAAUGGGCAGUGGACAACAUGAUUGCUGGAGGAGGCUGGCACUACUUCACGAUGCCUUCCUGCAUCGCCCCGGGAGACUACCUCCUUCGCGUCGAGCUCAUUGCUCUGCACAGCGCUGGGACCCAGGGAGGCGCCCAGUUCUACAUGGAAUGCGCUCAGAUCCGGGUCACCGGCUCGGGCACAAACACGGGAAGCAAUACUGUCAGCCUUCCUGGUGCAUACUCGCCGACUGACCCUGGUGUUCUGGUCAACAUUUAUGACAACUCCGGUCAGCCUUACAUGGGCGGAAAGAGCUACUCCAUCCCCGGUCCAGCUCCCAUCCAGUGCUCCGGGAACUCCAGUGGGGGCGGUUCCUCCGGUGGAGACUCUGGAUCCGGCUCCGGGUCAGGCUCAGGCGCCGGCGCGGCCCUCUGGGCCCAAUGCGGUGGUAUAGGCUAUACUGGGCCAACUACCUGUGCACAAGGAACGUGCAAGGCAACCAACGAGUAUUACAGUCAAUGCGUUGCCUGA